AAAAAAAAAAAGAAUCGUGAUGAGGGCGGGAGAAACUUUUGUGUGUAUUUGUGUGGGGGUGGGUGUUCAGCUCUGUGGGAGUGGGACCUUCCACUAGCUUUGCAGAACAUUUGAGCUGCCUGGGUCAGGAAAUCCGUCAGUCACUUGUGCAAAGCCCUUUCCAGUUCGUAAAGUCCAUCUCAUUUUACCAAGUGUGUUACCCUUUUCCAAACACAUCGUCUUCCACCUCCUGUGGUCUCACUUCCCUUUCACAACCCUGCGUUGAGGCUAGCACCCCAGUUUUCAGAUAAAGAUCCUGGGGCUCUGAAUUGAGGAGAGAUUUUCUCAGGGUGGUGGGUGACACCACUGAGGCUGGAAUCAUGCUCCCCUGACUCCAGUGAGUAUGCUUUCCCUCCUGCCACCCUGGCGGCUUCUUCCCAAAGAUACCGUUGGUGGGUUGGUGCGGUGCAGGGCAGAUUCGCCAGUUAUUAGCAGGAGGAACCUUUCGCGGAUGCUGGGAAGGGAGUUAGCUCUCUCAGCGAUUGGUACUACUGUUACCAGUCUGAACCUUGAAAGUGCCGGCAGCUUCUUGUCCUGCUGAUUGGAUAGUGCUUACUUACAAAAAGAUUGAAAUCCUGAUGACCAGGGAGCUCAGACAGCUGGUCUGGACGCCAUGUUGGCACUCUAGACAACCUCAGAAUCUUUGUGAUGACAAAGCCUGUCCGUUGCCAUGACUGAGCUGGACCACGCCCAAAACAGAGAAGAGGAAGAGAAGAAAGGAUACCAGGGUUCCUGGAAAUCUCCUUCCUGGAAGGGUUUGAUGACCUCAGAUGGACCCCCCUCCCCAAUAUCUCAGCCCUAGUAAAAUUCCAGGCCCUAAGCCUGCUGGGAGAGAUAGUCCUGACCAUUGCAUAAACAUCCUUUCUGCUCCUAGAGCAAUCUGGCACAUUCAACGCUCCAUGACCAGGUGACCCUUCCUGCCCAGAGCGAUGGAGCACAAUGGCUCCUCUCGUGUGGAUUCUGAGUUUCGAUACACCCUCUUUCCAAUUGUUUACAGUGUCAUCUUCAUACUGGGGGUGGUUGCCAAUGGCUAUGUACUAUGGGUCUUUGCGACCUUGUACCCUUCCAAGAAACUAAAUGAAAUAAAGAUCUUCAUGGUGAAUCUUACCGUGGCGGACUUGCUCUUCUUGAUCACCCUCCCGCUGUGGAUCGUCUACUACUACAACGAAGGCAACUGGAUUCUACCCGGAUUCCUGUGCAACGUGGCUGGCUGCCUCUUCUUCAUCAAUACCUACUGCAGUGUGGCCUUUCUGGGUGUCAUCACUUAUAACCGCUACCAGGCAGUAGCCUAUCCCAUCAAGACUGCUCAGGCCACCACCCGCAAGCGUGGCAUCUCCUUGUCCCUGGUCAUUUGGGUAUCUAUUGUAGCUACUGCAUCCUACUUCCUGGCCACAGACUCCACCAACCUAGUGCCCAAUAAGGAUGGCUCAGGCAAUAUCACCCGCUGCUUUGAGCAUUAUGAGCCAUACAGUGUGCCCAUCCUUGUUGUUCACGUCUUCAUCGCCUUCUGCUUCUUCCUCGUCUUCUUCCUUAUUUUCUACUGCAACAUGGUCAUCAUUCACACGUUGCUCACGCGGCCCGUGCGGCAGCAGCGCAAAGCAGAAGUGAAGCGCCGGGCGCUGUGGAUGGUCUGCACGGUCUUGGCGGUAUUUGUCAUCUGUUUUGUGCCCCAUCACGUGGUCCAGCUGCCCUGGACCCUAGCGGAGUUGGGCUACCAGACCAACUUCCAUCAGGCUAUUAAUGAUGCCCAUCAAAUCACCCUCUGCCUCCUCAGCACCAACUGUGUCUUAGAUCCCAUUAUCUACUGCUUUCUUACCAAGAAGUUCCGAAAGCACCUCAGCGAAAAGUUUUACAGCAUGCGCAGUAGCCGGAAGUGCUCCAGAGCCACUAGUGACACGUGCACCGAGGUGAUGGUGCCAGCCAACCAGGCUCCUAUCGUGUCUCUGAAAAAUUAAUCCCUGCUUAUUAAAGCCAGACCCAGAGCCUUCACUUCCAUGGACCUCAUAGAUGGAGUUAGGAGGUGAGAGGUUUCUGACCCUGGUAGGCUCAAGUAUGGCAGUUACUUCCUCGCAGAGAGCCGGUUGCUGGAAAAUACAGAACCUGAAUGCUUCAUCUUUGAGUCAACACUAGAGGAUUGUGGUUGAUGGACUUACCCAGAGCUUCAGACUCUGACAUCCCAGCUAGGGCCAGACCUUGGGGAGAAACACUGAGCAGCCCAGUUCAUCCAACCCGGGCAGCAACUUAAGGGUUGGUCAGUGACAUCCGGGGACUACAGGAAAAGGGGAGAGGGAUUGUGGGGACUCUUCACUGAUUGUGUGGAAGAUCUUUGGGGAAACAAUUUCGUUUCGGAUGGUGUCUUCUUUUGUCCAUCUUCAGGUACAAGGUCCUUGUGACCCUUUCUAGAGGAAGUGGUUUGGUGGUAUCUCCUGACUGACCCAGUACCUUGCCUCAAAUGUAACCAGAGGAGAUAACACAGAAGCUGACCAGAAGCUAGGAUGGGAGUGUGUUUGCUGAGGCAGCUGCGUUUUGCCCUGGCCUGAAUGAGCGCUGAAGGAAUGGAAGAGAGGUGGCUACCUCAGGACACUGCAUUUCCCUUCUGGCAGGCAGCUUCUUUUGAGGUCCUCUGGCUACCUGGUGGUGAUUUUUUGACAAGUGUCUUUUUUUUGGGGUGGGGGGUGGGUUUCCAGAAAGUGUUUCUCUGUAUAGCCAUGGCUGUCCUGGAACUCACUCUGUAGAACAGGCUGUUCUCGAACUCAGAAAUCCACCUCCCUCUGCCUCCUAAGUACUGGGAUUAAAGGCAUGCGCCCUCACUGCCCGGCUUGACAAGUGUCUUAGUCACACUUCACAUACUGUGCGCAGCUUCCCUGUCAGAGACAACUCAAAGAGGGAGAGAUUUUAUGUUGGCUCACAGUUUAGAGGACCUCAGUCCCUCAAGGCAAGUAAGGCACGGUAGGGCAGCUCAGACUCUGGAGGUGGGAACAUGAGAUGGAGGUUGUUCAUGUGGCCCUGAACCAGGAACCAAAGACUGCACCUUAACCCCGGGGAUAGGAUACACCCCACACCCAGCCACCGACUUCUACAGCCAGGUUGUACCUCCUAAAGGUUCCACAGUCUCCCAACACAGAGGGCACAGCCCUGGGAUGUGAGAUGAUCAAACAAGGUACAUCAGCUAACACUUCUGAUCAGAGUCGGAUCCCAGAAGCCACGUGGUAGGUACAAAGACAGAACAGACUUCUGCAAGUGGCCUUCGACUUUUACUCUUCGACACACAUGCCCCGCCUCCCCCCAUAGACAUAUACAUAUGCAUGAAUAAAUUACAAAAUUAAUAGAAUAGAGCAAAACAAAUGUGACCCCAUGGGGAUAUACAUGAAGUAGCAGGUUUAUUCAAAAUACAUCUGCUAUUUCAUUUAAGUGAGAUCCCUCUUACCCUCUGAGAAGUAUCCACAAGCCUCAGGUUCAGAACUCUGGGGAACUUUUCCUGUUUUCCUGAGCCUUGUGCUUCUUUAAAAAGAAAAGUAAAAGGUCCUUUCUUCCAACGAGUGUCUCUUUGAAGUUGGGUCAGUGGAUUCCUAUGCUAGACAAGCAUAAGCUUGUCCCAGUAGGCAGUAACCUGCUUGGGUUUGGCAUGAUGGCAGUAGUCUGGACCUGGCUGAAGGGGACUAAGUAGUUGAAACAACAUACUUGAACUUUGACAUCUUACAAACUCAGGUUCAAGUCUUGUCUGUGCUAAAUGCUGUUCAGGAUGUGGAAUUUAAUUUUCUACCUCUUAGUGUUAUCAGCGGGGAGGUUCAGCCUACCUCACGGGACUUCUGAGCGGUGCAUGUUCAGCGGACUCUGGGUUACUCUGGGUUACUUAUCCAGAACCUCCCCUACCCUGAGAGUUUGGCGCCCUCAGUCCUUUGAUAGGAACUGAAGGGGUGAAGGUUGGACAUCUGGAUUCAGGGUGUACCUUUCAGGGAGUGGUGACCUUUCUAUAUGUGAAGUGGGUUGGGUGGCCACCUAGGUGACUGGUAGGCAAGUGGCUUUUCAAAGAAAGCAGAUGUGUCAGGCCAAGCAGAGGCCAGAGAGAAACCAGAACUUGGUGAGAAGACACAGCUUUCAGGGGCCAGAGGGGCCAAGUGCUUCCUCUUGAGUCCUGCGAGGCUCUCUUGUCAGGACUCCUUCUCUUUCCUUCCUUAAGCUCAUUGAAAUGGGUAUCUAGUACUUUCAAUCAAAUAUCAUUCUCUGUUUCUAUGUUAACAUGGUAUAUUCUGAAUUUCAUCAUCUGCAUAUCUCCCUUGCCAUUGGUUGGCAAUAUCCAUGUACCACAGUAUGUUUACUUAAUAAACAUUUUUCUCUUCAAA